AUGAAGCUGGAAGUGAAGGUCCAGGUUCUUAAGUUCUUCUCGGUGGUUUUGAACCUCGUCUUUCUGGUGAGAUUAAAAAAAAUAAACUUUUAGAAGUUUGAACUUCAUGAUUUAGUUUCCCUCCCUAAAAAGCGGGUCCGUUUGAUACAGAGAGGAGAGGAGAACCGUACGUAGACCUGAAGACUUCUGUCCUGAUCUAACAUAUGGUGUUCCUCAGGGGUCGGUAUGAGGACCUUUAGUCUUUAAAUUCAUGAUCUGCUAUCAUAGAGCUGUUUGGACUUCGUAAUUCUCCUUCAAUAUUCUAGAUGUACAUUUUUAAUAUUGGCGGAGAAGAGGGAUCAUGUGAGGGAAGUUUCUGAUCUUUAACAGAAAUGAAAUCAGGAAACAUUUAAUCAUCUCAGCUUUAAACCUCAGCUGCUUUGAUCUGGACUAUUUUACAGUUUAUGAAGAAAAUAACUUUAACAUGACGAGCAGCUUGCAGGACACUGAUUGCAGGACAGCAUGUUGCUCAGCUCUUCCUGUCAGGGGCGGUCUGGGUCCAGGAGGUGUUUUUUUUUUUUUUUUGGAGGAUGGUAGGGAAAAGUCCCACCUCCUUCACCUCUGAUUGGCUAGAAAAGCUGGAAACAUCAUCACAUGUUCAAGCCAAAUGCAGGCUGUCGGCUCUGGACACCGAACAGAAUAUUAUCGCAAUUCUGAAUCUCCUAACCCGACAGACAAUGAUGUUUUACAGCCAUAAGGAAUAACUCAUCAGAGCCCAGCACUUUUAGCCAAUCAGAGGCGAAGGAGGGCAGGACCUCCCCCUACAAUCCUACGAAAAAAAAUAUUGCAUCAGGGAGCCCCCAGGGCUGAUCUCUGAGAGCAUUGACUGUCAUGGUUUCCUGAAACUCUGGACCCUGACGGUUUUACCACAGAGUCAACAGGCAGAGACGACAGAGACACUCUGUUUAUUUUUGACCAUUCAGAGUCAAGGAUUCGACACAGCUGUGUCAAACCUCAGAGUAAACAUGUGGUUGAAAACAUAAAGGUCAUGAUGGUAGUAUUUUCAGAUAUGAGACAAACCCACCUGGUUUCAUUUUCAGGUGAGAGUUGUUUAUUCAUGUUCAGGUGUUUUUCUGGAGUUCGUUGACCUCUGACCUCUGACCCCUGACCCCUUUCUGCAGGCUCUGGGUCUGAGUCUGUUCUUCUGUGCUGUCUGGGUCCUGUUUGAUAAGUGGAACCUGCUGACCGUCCUCCCCUCAGGUAAACACACCUGCAAGAAAAGAGAUUCAGGAUAAUGAGGGGGUCCGUUAAAGCUAGGACUGGGCAAUUAUAUGAUCGUGAUUAAUGAUCGUGAUUAAUUUCACUUCGAUCACAGUGAUCAGCUGUUAGCAUAUUUACUCAAUCAAACUUGUGCGUGACAGUUUUUGGAUUUGCAUACCUGCAAGAACACUCAGGACAGUAAACUAGUUCACUUUAUUAAUCAAUAUUCAUCUACAUUUGUUGUACUAUUGAGUCAAAAGGAUUUUUGUAUUUUUCCAAGUUUAUCUUAUCUAAUUUGCUUUGUAUGUUAAUAUAUUGUUGAACUAAUCUCUAGUUUCUUUAGUUUUUAGUACAGAUACUUUAAAAUUGGCAGUUUAAAAAAAGUUCAAAAAAUCAUGAUAAUAUUCGAGAUCGGCCAGUCCUAGUUAAAGCUCCACUUAGGAGUUUUUUAAUACCAGACGGACAGUUCUGGUGUCAUCCAGACAGUUCAACACAGAGGUCAAUCGAUGCUUUUCUGAACCAUGAUGUGAAACUGUAAUGAAAAUAUGAUAAAAUAUACAUACGACAGGUGAGGUACAGGUGUGUUCUGUAAAUGAGAAAAAUGAUCAUCUCUGAUUCACAGACGAUGAAAGCAUGAAAACACAGCAGCUCAGACGACCAUUGACCACACGACUAAGUUAACCCUAAAAAUGAACCUGAUGAACACAUGGACUCACAGACACCGCAGCUUCAUGAACAUGUGGAGAGGAUGGAGGGAGAUUGAACACAGAAAAGUCUGCUCUGCUCUAGUUCAGGAAAGCAGCUUUGUUUGACCGUUGCGUUUCAUCAGGGUCAUCAGAAAUGGAUGAAAAACAACAUUUAAAUAGGGUAGGUUUGAAAUCGAGGAAGGUUGAAUCAGCCAGUGGAAUGAUUGCAAGGGUGUGUCUAUUUCGACAGCACCUAACUGAAGCACCUGUCAGCACUUAGGCGCUGAUGGGGGUGAGGGGAACUGUCCAAAGGAAGGUGUCAGUGGCACCAUUUUGGUCAAAAGCCUGAGAGACAGGUUGGCUGUGUCCGAAAUGGCAUACUACUCCUACUACUCCUACUAACCCCGCCUCUGAAUUGAGUAGGCAGUGCGUUCACACUGUACAGUAUGCAAAUUUUGUGUAUGCGAGAAAUGCCCGGAUGUAUACUCAAUCGGCUUCGAUUUCUGAGUGUGGAACGGAGCUUGCUUCACGUACUGCUUCUGCCCCACAAUGCAUUGCACACCUCAGCUGGUAAUAUGGCCCUCUUUCCCGAGGCUGAAAAGAAAUAGAUGGCAUGUGAUUGCAAUCAUAAUUAUAUACAUAUGUAAAUAGAUAAACAAUAUUUAGUCAGUAUACAUUACACAAUUUUAUCAUUUUAUCAUAUUUUGAUCUUUUUACAAGAUUUAUUUGUAUUUUAAAUUAGGAUUAUAGGUAAUGUUUUUAACUAUUCGUAUGAAUUGACUUUAUUUAUUUAAGUGUCUAUUAAAGAUGUAUUUAUUACAUCAAGUUUGAGCAUCUUCUCAUCUCUGAAUGCAUCAUCAAAGUGGUCACUCAUAGAAAGCACAGACCUCUGAUUAAUAAAAAUAAUUAUUGGUAGAGAGCACAUGGUUCAGAAUAUACAAACGGGGGAGCUUCCAGUUGACAAUGUAUGUGAGCUUUACUAAUUCUUACUUGUGGUUGAAAAUCUGAUGGUUUCUGAAAUUAUCAUUGUACAUGAAAAGAAUUUAGUCGGGAAAUGAUGUAUUUGCCAAGGAAUAACCGAACAAGGUCAUAAUAAUUAUGUUGUGUGUUGGUCAUUUUGCAGCCCUCUGCUGCUCAUCACACGCCUAGCAGGUGGUGUAUAGCAUUAUCACCAUGGAUACACAGAUGUUUGUGUGAUUUUUGUCAUCCACUGCCGCCCGGUUUGUGUUGUGUAGUUGUUGAUUAUGAAAACACUUUGCAAUAAUUUGGAAACGUGAAGGGGAAGCUGCUGCUGCCCGGUGUUUACGGUAAAUAGACUCAAACACCCACCAAGCGGACGCUUCGGUCUCCGAAAACGCCGAGACAAAUUUACAAACAGCCACUAUUUCAAACAACUGGGCUCAUAAUCGUGAUGUAAACACUUACUUUCUCGCUAAAAAAAAUAUUAUUAUUGAAUGAAUUUAUAUAAUUUGUCCGGAAUGCAGUCAUUCUGUGUAGCUUGUGGUAGGACUAUUUUAAGUUUUCCCGGCGCUGUGUCCGGCCGGCACGAAAUGCAUUCUGGGGUAUUUAGUAUGCAUCCGUAUGUAAACGCUCGGGCAGCCGCGGCAUACUCAAAUCAUCUUUGAGUAGUCAGUAGGCAGUAGCUACUGCUUGAGUAGGUAAGUAGAUAGUAGGCAGUAUGCCAUUUCAGACACAGCCCUGGUGUCUCAUUUUGGAGACCGCAUCAGGCUGAGCGCGCUCGGCUGAGUGGUUGAGUGGUUGAGUCGUCAAAUGUCCCCGCCCUCAGGCUUGCGUCAUGACUGACGUGAAGAAAAGCCGCGGAGUGCAGCAGUUAUUUUUUAAUUGUGCGACCUUUCACAGACACAAGACAAUAGAUACAUACAAGCACAGAUCAUUUCCACAAAAUUAAUCCAAUGAUCGCAUGUUUUGUAUGAAGGAGUAUGAGGACCAUAAUGAGAAUUUUUUUAAAGACUUCGAGAUUUAAGUCGUGAAUUGACAAGAAUAAAGUCAUUAAUUUAUGAGAAUAAAGUCGUAAUGUUACCUGUUAUUUCAAAGGAGAGUUGUUAAAAUUAGGGCCAUGAAGCAUUUAAAGGAACUUCAGUAUAGGUUUCACAAACAAGGAGAUACUUCAUCCUUUGGCACAUCAGCAUUACAUUGUUACAAGUAUAAAGACUUUAAAAAAAGAAUAUAUGAGAAAAACGUUUUUUCCACGGGGAAAGAAAACAGGUGUACUUGAAGGAAAUCGUUGCUUUUGUGGAGGCAGAUACGGAUAUGCUGAGGAUAAAUCUGUCGAUACAGCCGUAAAUAUCCAUGAAUGGCAUUGAGCUUUAGUUUAUGAUAUGAAUCCAUUUGCCAUAAUAAGGUGUUGGUGUCUCUGCAGGUGUAGGUUACCGCCGGUGUCAGAGACGUGGUGCUCGUCGGAGCUCGACUCCCUCUGGAUCUCAAAUGUUGAUCAUCUGUUGGAUUGUUUCUUCAGAAACCACAAAAACUCUCUGAAUGACCCGCUGAUACAUCCACAGAUAACCCUGCAGAUGACCAGUUUCAGUCAUUUCCCCCUCCACAAAAGCAGCUUUAUGACUUUAUUUACUUUAUGACUUUUUUCUCCUAAGUCUACAACUUUAAUCUCUAAGUCUUAAAAAAAAAACCCUCAAUGUGUCAAUGAUACUCUGAUGUAGUUUUGUCAGCUUUCUUAUUUCUAAUGUUUUUGAUUGUGGUAGCAGAGCAGAUCAGUUCUUUUCUAUAGAGUAUAAUGUUUGGUUUGCAGAUUUUAGUGAGUUCAGAGAUCAUGCGCUCAUACAGCCUGAGCUGACUGUCUGCUGUUUUUGGAUUUCUUGUUUUUUCUUUGAAGACGCGCUGUGUCUCCAAGUGAGUCCAGCCUCUCGCCCGAAAUGCGCAUAAAUGCACGCUUAAAAAGGGGCGGGGUUAGUGUGGUUUUGAGACUGAAUUUGAAGCGCGCUCAGCAUUUCGAGCCAAAUGGGACACCGUUAGUGUUGCGUGAUGAUAUCACGCACACUUCAAAUGCGCUGUUCUACGGUGCGGUCUCUGAAAUGAGACACAGCCACAGCUCCUAAUUGGAUGGUACUGGUGGCCAUUUUAAAGUACUAGUUGAACAGUGGAUCAAAAUAAGAUUACACAAAUAACCAUAAGAGGAAAUAUAAAGGUUAGGUAAGUAGAGUCUUUAUAAAAGGUCAGAGAUGAGUUCAUAUAAAAAAACACGUCCAAGUCCAUAUACAGGCAUACACACAUACAAAUAUAUGCAUGUCACAAAUUCAGGAAAUGAUGUAAGCACAGGUAACUGCCACUAUGGGGCUCCAAACAACAGAACAGUAAAUACACAACAGACCGUGAAAUCGACGACAACGACCUCCAAAAACUGAGCUGAUGAUCAGUGACAGCAGGAUAGUGAUGGGCACGGCAGUUUGUUUAGAUGUACUGAGUCACUAGAAUCAGUUCACUAAAGAGAUUCGUUCAAAAGAUUUGUUCACUAAAUCACUGAAUCAUUCAGCCUGUGACUCCGACCUCCUGAACUGAUACACAGCUGAAUAGUUCAGGAUUCAGUUCAGAUCAGAGCUUCAGGAGAUGAGAGUGUUUGUCUGUGUUUCUUUGACCAACAGGUUUGUAACAAUGAACUUGUUUAUAAGUCAUGAUGUGUUAAGUGUACUGACCUAUGGUAUGUUAUUUAUCAGGUCUGCUCGGUAAAUUGGUGUCAGUGAGUGAUUCGUUCACUGAACGUUUAGAGGAAUUCACACUGAACAUGCACCGUUCCCUCACAAACUGCUGCAGUAAUAGGAUGCUGCGGGUUUUAUGCACAACUUGUUACAUGCUGUGUCCUAUUGUACGCAAGUUGUUGUGGUGGCAAUUUAGCAGUAAAAAGGAAAAAAAAAUAGUUUUGCCCUGCCAAAAAAGGUUCCAGAGAGUGUAGUUCAAUGUGUGAUUCGUUCACUGAGUGAUUCAGGCGUUGGUGCAUGUGGUCCCUUGUUCCCUGGCUGCUCGCCUGGCAAUGUUGCGUGUUAUAACUGAAGUGAGGAAACAAAUGAAUCAGUUGAGGAAGUGUUUCGGUUCAGUACCUUCACUUAAAAGAUUUGGUUCUUUUGAACGAAUCGUUCACGAACGACACAACACUACAGCGGGAUCAUCUCAGUACCGAUAUCAGAGAUGUCUGAAACCGUCCAAUAAAAACUCAGACAGGAACUAAAUAUAAACCAGGAGAAUUCACAAAGACAGAGGAGGUUCCCUUUAGUCCACAGGGGGGAGCAAAAUUCAACAAGAACCUUCCAGGAGCGUUAAAUGACAUCUAUGAAUAAAUGAAGCAGCAGAGAUGAACCCGAACAAACAGAUCUAUCUUCACUAUUUCUAUACUGUGACCUUUAGAGGUCAGCUGAUCACAGAUUCAGCUUCUGAUUGGUGGGUCAAUAACACAGAAGAUGUGACUCAAUGAAAACAGGAAUCCUCUCUGUGGGCAGAACCAGAUUCUUCAGAACUAAACUCUUCAGAACCAGAUUCUUCAGAACCAGAUUUGUCAGGACCAGAUAUGUUAGAACCAGAACCAGUUUGGUCAGAUCUGCUCUCAGGAUGAUGGCCGUCCUCUUUUUCUGUUUGUUCAGAUGAGCUGCAGACUGUGGGGGCGGGGCUGUUCCUGAUUGGUGCUGUGGUGGGUGUGGUCAGCCUGGUCGGGUUCCUUGCCAUCGCUAAAGAGAACCGACUGCUGCUGCUGGUGGUGAGUCGCUCUUCUUAUGACCUCUGAUCUCUGACAGGAAGUAACUGUGAUCUUGUUUGUUUCUCAAUCUGAAGUUGAAACGAUUUUAACCUCCUGACCUUCAGCUCUUCUCCUCUUCCUCAGUACUUGGGCUUCUUCAUCGUGUUGGUCCUGGGUCAGCUGUUCGUCACUCUGCUGCUGCUCCUACACCGGAGUACGGUGAGACAGCUUUCAUUUUGGCGGGUCGCACAGGAUCAAGUAUUUUUCAUCUUUAAACAAAAGUGUUCAGAAUCUCUGCAGCUGAAAAAGUGAAAGAAGAUUCAGGUCUGAGUGAACUUUUGGAACCCCUCAGCUGGGCUCAGGUCUGACCCCGUCAGGUCUCUAAGAUCUGAGUGGUUUUGUGCGGUCAUUCACAUUACAACAAUGAAUGUGGCAUCUAAUAUGAACGGAAUGUGUCCGUGAAGUGACCCGCACACAAAGCAUGUUGGCUGGCUGUUCUCCGUUCCCUCGUUCGCCAUUGCUUUCUGCGCCUGUUUGUGUUGUCGAACAAUGGUGGUGUUUGUCGCACAUUGAUGACGUAUAUGUCAGAUGAACGCGACCUGAGCAUCCACACUACAGUCACAUCAGAUACAUAUCCGAUUUAUAUCCACAUACAAAAGAGGCCUGGGUCGGAUUUGAAAAAAAUCAGAAUUGCACUGUUCACACUUACAUGAAAAAAUCUGAUAUGUGUCACAUAUGGUUAAAAAAAUCAGAAUUGACCUGCAGUGGGAACAUAGCCUAAGACGCGCGCUAAGGUAGUUGCUUCAAAGUUGUGUAAAUGUAUGCUGAUAAAAGGUUAGUGCUCCCAAGUGUGCACCCUUGUUCACGCUAAGAGACAGAGGGGGAAAGGAAGGAAAUGGUGAGUUUUUACCGAGUGAGGAAACCGCUGGUAGCGAGGGAAAAGUUUGGUGAAGGUGUGUGGACUCGAGCCGGCAUCAGCGUCUGUAUGUGCGCUCGGUGUGUGCGUGUUCCCUUCGCGUCGGUGAAUGUGCUCCGCAGGGUGUGUGCGUGUGUGGGUGUGUGCCUGAAGUCAGUGACGGCGUUGCUUCGUCACAGUCUCAGAGACGUCUUUCCUGGUCCGGGUACACUGGGUCAGAUCUUCAUGAGGUCCAACACUAUGAUCAGUUUUUCUCUCUUAUUUUUGUCUCAAUUAACAACCGAACAGUGAAAUCCUCAGCGGUAAACAAAACGUUUGAAUUUCAGAUCACGAAGAAAGUUGACGCCACACUGCAGGACAUGAUCAUGAACUACAAAGGAGACGGGGACAGCCGGGACACCCUGAUGGACAGGAUCCAGCACUAUGUGAGUCCAAACAGGCCUCUGUUUAGACCCAAAGACCGAACUGUCGGGACCUGAAUCUUUUCUUCUUCAUUUUGAUUGACAGGAGAGUUGUUGUGGCAGUAUGGGCUCCUCUGAUUGGUUGGGAAACUUGUACCUUCAGGGUCUAGACCCAAUCGAUCGGGAUCAACUUCCUUGUUCCUGUUUUAACCUGACUCGCCUCACUGCAGGCUGGUGCUCUAAACAACCGAACAUCACUGUGCACGGGGUAACACACACAAACACACACACACGCACACGUACACAAAUACAGAGUAAUAGGUAAAGGUCAGUGGCGGCUGCACUCUCAAAAUGAAUGUGUUAAAAUCAUACACAUUUUUUGUGUUAUUAUAUUUCAACAUUUGUUAUGUUAUAUUUACACAUCCUGUGUUAUUAUCCUAGACACACUUUUGAGUUAAUGCUAUUUUAACACAUAAAAUAGUUAUCAUGUGAAUGAAACACAACAUGUGUUAGCCACUGCUAGGUCAAAGAGGUUAUUAAUGAAAACACCUGCCAGGGUUAUUUUUAACCAAGCAGUGGCUUUAUUAAUUGUCGUACUUGUGAAUAAUUCUGGAAUCAUCUUUUUUUUAUAAAUUCUGUUACUUUUUUCUUUAUUUAUUUUUAAUUUUUUGAGAGGGAGGAAGCCCCUCAGCAGGGGAAUCAAACCUCCAAACACCCAGUCUCAGGGUGGACAAAAGGCCACUGAACUUGUAUCUGAGACCAGAUUCUUGAGUAGCACGGUGCCCUGAAGACAGGAGUAUACCUUUCCUCACACACAGACGUAUGGUUCUCUUAAUUGACAAUGGUUUGGGUUGUACUAUUUUAACUCAAUAAAAAUAAAAUAUUAAGUUCCAUUUCGGGGGGAAAUAAAUCCAAAUAUAUAAGUCCCAUUUCUGUAGGACCCCCAGCUGAUCUGUCCACUUUACUCAGACACCUGGAUGGUCCCUGGCUGGUUGACCCUGGGUCAUGGAAGCUUGUAACUCUAAUUUAGGGUUGUUGAUUGGAGCAAUGCACUGAGAAAGUUGCCAUAUGAACCAGCUCUGGAAAAAAAUCAUGUUGUGUAAUCCCUUCUUUGAUCCUCCUGGGGGCAGCACUCGCCACUGCCUUUGACCAGGUUUGGUAAUUUAGCAGAUAAUCGCAGUAGCUCAGGAGGUAAGAGCGGUCGUCCAAUAACUGGAACGUUGGCGGUUCGAUUCCCCCCUAUCCCAAGUCUGUCCGUUGUUUCCUUGGGCAAGACACUUAACCCACCUUGCCCCCAGUGUGUGUCCUCCACUGGAGUAUGAUUGCGAGUAUUGUGUGGUGGUGGUCAGAGGUGCAAAAUGGCAGCCACAUUUCCGACAGGGCAGCUGUGACUACUAAGGUAGUUUACCACCACCAAAGUGUGACUGUGUGAGCGAAUGAAUGAUGUAUCCAAUGUAACACAGUUGUGUGUAAAUUGUAUGAAAAUAAAACACUUUUGUGUGAAGAAUACAUACCGCAGCUAUGUGUAAAUUGCAUGAAAAUAUGACACAGCUCUGUGUUAUCUUUGUGUAAACCCAACACAGUUGAUGUGUUGACACAUUUAACACACAAUAUGUGUAAAAUCUGUCAACACAAAGUCAUGUGUCAAAACAACACAUUGUGUGUUGUCCUUAACUAGACACACGGAUGUGUUAAGAAAUAACACAUGAUGAGUUACUUUUGACACAUUCGUUUUGAGAGUGUGGUGAGAAAAAUAAUAGGUGGGGCCAGGGGCGUCACUAGGUUUUAAGGACAGGGGGGGCUUAGCCCCCAAGAGAUGAACAGGAUGUGAGUGAUCGUAGUGAGUGAGCACAAAAUUUCACAGACAGAAAACAAAGACUGAGAAAUUGCUUUUCAGCUUUUUUGGACGGAUUUAACUAAGAUGUAGUCUCAGGCCACCAGGAGUUUUUUUGUUUUAUUUCAGUCUGUUUUUUCUUCAGUUCUUGCAACCACUACCUACCAAACUAUCAUGUUUUAUGUUUUUGCCAAACACUCUACAUGGGAAACAGAAAGCUGUAUUCUGGUUGACUGAAUAUCCUAACCAGUUGUGCUUUUCAAACCAGCUGUAGUGAAAUGCUCGCUUCUGUGUACCAAAACUAUCUUGUGGGUAGCUCUUCAGCUUGACCUGUCUGGGCCCUGUGUCUUUGUCACCUAAAUCAAACCCUGUAGUGGAAUAAGUUGCUGCAGCUGCUUCAUUAUUUUCCCUCUCUUGGUCUGUUUGCUCUCAUCUCUCAGCUUCCUCUGCCAUUUGCUGCAGCUCCUCAGCCUUUCCUUCUGCCUGACCCUCCAAGAUACAUUGAAACACAUUGAAUUAAUAACUAAUCCAACAUAGAGGCUAAUGUCAUGACUUAAGCUCACACACCACAGUAAUUUUUUGCUCCCAAAUAGUAAGAUGUUACACAGAUUACAUUUUGGGCCCAUAUGUGACUAAAAUGGUUGCAAUUUAAAGCCCUGAAAAAUAUUACUAAAUUACUUGACUUAAAGUAAUAUUAAAAUAGAACCCCCAAAAAUAUUUGGGUCAGGCUAAUUUAUCUCUUGGCUCUCUCCACUUUCUAAUCUUGACUCUCUUAAAUAAAAACUCAAAUGAAAUAAGUCUUAUAUGGUGCACCAUGACUGAAAUUUCAUAUUUCAUAUCUAUAUUGAGUUCCAUAAAAUUGUGAUCAGACUGUCUGCGUCACUCCUGUGAAUUCUUUUAGACUCCCCUCUCACUUGCUGUGCUCCCCUGUCCUAACUCCUACAGGUCAGUGGGGAUGGUGGGGUGAGUAUUAUUAGUGUAUUAUUAUUAUUAUCCACUGAUGAUAAUCAUACGUGAAUGAGCUCAGCUCGCUUUUUUCAGAGCUAAAACAAGUGACAGAAAUCAACAUCAUGCUAACAAUUUAACUUGGUGUGAUAGCCAGGUUUUUAUUUCUCAAAAUGGGGAGCACCUGGUUCAUAAAUUACAUGGGACUAUUGGCUGUUAGCUGGAGCUUAUUGUUACUACCAGCAGCUAUAAAGACUUACUUUUUUGAAAAACUUGCGUAUGUCCAUGAUGCUGCUCUCUGCCUGGCUCGUGACGUGACCGUCUGGCUAUGACUGUGUGCAGGGAGCAUGUAGGUGCUGCUGCUGGCAGCAGUGAAAACGCAGACUGGAUUUUCAGUAAUGUGGGCGUUCUCUAUAUCAACAAGUGGAACGGAUUGAAUAACUAAGCGCUGACGAAGGCUCUCCACCUUACACAGUGAAGUCAGGGGAAACCAAAUGAUUUGUGAUCAUAUUUAAGUGAAUGAUGACAUGUUAUAUUAUUAUAUUUAAACUCAUAUUCCUGCGUCUUUGUAUUGAAUUUGUCUGCACUUUUUUGUAAUAUAUAUAUAUAUAUAUAUAUAUUGAAUAUAUAUAUAUAUAUAUAUAUAUAUAUAUAUAUAUAUAUAUAUAUAUUUAAAAAAACAAAACAAAAAACCCCCAAAAUAUUCAGGGGGGCUAAAGAAUAUUUUAGGGGGGCUUCAGCCCCCCUUAAAUAGGCCUAACGACGCCAAUGGGUGGGGCUGAAGUUUUGGAAACCAGAGCCAUGAAGGGGGGUCCGCGGGUAUCCUUGCCCGGGACAUUUGUUUUUCGUUUUCAAAAGGUAAAUGAAGCCUUCUGGUGCUUUCUAAGAAAAUAAUUAAGGAAACAUAUGAUGUUGACCUACAAAGACAAAUAGGGUGGGGAUACCGUAUUUCAACUUAUUAAUAGGGUAUUAUAGGCUGUACUGGGACAAAGGAAAAAGUGCCUAGAAAGUGAAUUUUGUUCCACUUCAGUGGGGCAACAUAAACUGUGAUUCAUAAAAUAGCUCUAUUGAUAGUAAGUACUAAAAAAAAAUAUCUACUCUUGCCAUCCAGUCGAUUUUUAGUAAUCAGUGUUUCUGUGUCGAACUAUUUCCUUUCUGCGACGUAGUGAUACUUGCACACGCGCAAUCGAAUAUGCAAAGGGGUGAAGCGAUUUUUGUCAUGUGGACCAAUAGAAGCCAAGUCUUGUUGCCAUAGUAUCAGAACAACACAAACAUGGCAACGAGCUCAUCUAGCAGCAAGACAAGCGAAGAGGAAGAAAAAAAAGGAACAAAAGAAAACAGCCUUCAAAAGUGCAUAAAAAAGGAACGAAACGAUGCUGUAUGCAUCUGUCAUCUGUCCAGAGUGAAGACGUUCUCGACUUUACACGGACACGUUGGGAAACUUACAGAACUAGUAUUAGAAAGUGGCUUUCUCUACAGGGUGAGACAAAGGACCUUGCAGAAACUUAUAAACAUUGCGUUAAUAUCGACUUUGACAAUGUUCCUGAUGACGCUGGGUUUCACAUGACAGGCUACCAGUGAUUUAUUUGCAAAAAGCGUUUAAGAAACAAGAACGUGAUGCAGCCAUGGGUCAGUCAAACCCUUCAGCCAACAUCGCCGAUGCAUCCACGUCCACGGCAUCUGAAACUCUGCAAAAGAAACUUCGCUCGAGGUCAUAGGCUGUAUUGGGACAAGGGAAAAAGUGCCUAGAAAGUGAAUUUCGUUCAACUAUGCUGCUGCUACUUGUUCAAUGCAUUUUUGAAUAGACAAUACCCUUCUGGACUUUGGGUUAAAAUAUUUACUCAGACUAUCUGUCCGACUUUUGUCACCAGCCAGAAAUGUACAUAUAUGUGAGUAACCCAAAAACAAUUAUAUGGUGCUGCUGUUUUCGCUUGUAGAAACUGCUAUGUUGAUUCUGGAAAGACAAAAUCUUUCUCAAAUGUCAUAAAUACAUCUAUCUAACAUCUGAAACAGUUAUUGGUGCCUUAGUAUACGCAUAAGUGAAUUCAGAUCAUGAAAUGUAGCAAAUUUGUUGAAGAAAACGUCUCAACUCAAGGGAUUUGCACCCAGCACAAUGAAAUAUAUACAGUAAGUUUAGCUAAAAGCUUAUGUGUUAUACAUAAAAUGACACAACCUACUGUGUAAUAAAAGCAAUAAAAUACAAACAGCACAUCAUGGCCAUAAAUGGCUGAAAGUCAAUCAAAUUGCUACCACGCCCCCCAAAAUUGGAAUAAUGGAAAAUAUGUAACAAGACAAAAAUAAAUGCACAAAAGGUCUGAAUUAAUUCAAAAUAUCGUAUAAAACAUUUAUUAAAGUAUCACAGUGUCAAAUAGUGGUGGGCAAAACCAUUCAUUUCAGUGAACCGGAUCAUUCCGGGUCGUUCAGUAAAAAGACCCGUUCAUUUCGUUCAUUUCGGUCAAUCGGUCAUUAGUCAGUCCGCUUGUUCAUGUUGUUCACGUUCGUUCAGCGUCUGAAUGAACGUGAUGAGCGAACGGACUGACUGCACUUCAGACUCAACAGCGCAACAACAUGUGAUCUUGAAAUCUGAAGCAUUACACCCCACCGGAUCGGAUGUUACGAGCGCCUCAGCUCCCCGGUCCGACGUUACGACCCCCCCGCGGUCCGACGCUGUGACCACUGCACUCCCCACUUCCCACCCCCGGUCCAAUGCUGCGAUCGCACUGCACUCCUUGUAAUAUAAAAUUAUAGUAGUUGAGCUCAUAGGACUAGUUAUUACAAUCCCUUAUAUCAGCACUUGGAAUUGAGUGGGGGGGGGUAAAAGCUUCACUGGGGUCUUCAGGUGGGCACCCCCCUUCACUGGUGUUUCAUUGAUAGGCCCACGACACCUCCAGGGGGCUCAACGGCGACACCUGGCGUCCCAGGUGUGCCCCCCUCUGCUUUUACCCCUAGGUGGUCAUUUUGCAGCCCAGGUGGAGUCCUUUCUCUUGAUCCAGAGCCAUCUGCUGCUUCGUUCGGCAGCCUCUGAUAUUGAUUUGAUGGCUCGUCGGAAGGCCUGUCCUCGUACUCCCAAUCUCUUCAGAAGCUUGGUUGUGGAUGUUGCAACGAAGCCUCUGCACCCGACCUCCACCGGAAGGAGAUGGGCAGUUCCAGGGCACCAUGUCCAUACAAGCCGAUGUUGCUGAGGCAACGCGGGAGGCCAAGCCACUUCUUGAUGUAUGAGCUCACUGUUCUUUCCAGCUUCUCGACUUUGGUCAUGGGGAUCUCAUAGACUGUUAGAGGCCACAUCAGCCGGGGGAGCAAUCCAAACUGCAGGCACCACAGUUUCAACUUGCCAGGAAGCAAGGUCUUGUCUAUGCUGACGAGGCCUUUGAUGGUUUCUUCCCUCAGCUGAUCACUCUGGUCCGAGUCUUUGAGAUGUGCGUUGUAUAGUCGCCCUAGGCUCUUGACUGGCAGUUCAGACACCAAUGGAAUGGGUGUGUCCUUGAUGUGGAACCUCUGGUCUGUGAGUCUCCCCCUGACGAUGGAUAUGCUCCUGGAUUUGCUUGGUUUGAACUUCAUCCGUGCCCAUGUGAUGUUGGCAUGAAGCUUUCCUAGCAGAUGUUUGGUGCAUGCAACGGUUGAGGUCAGGGUGGUAAUGUCAUCCAUGUAAGCGCGAAUGGGAGGGAGACGCUGGCCACACUUCAGACGUUCUCCACCCACAACCCAUUUGGAAGCUCGAAUUAUCACUUCCAUUGCCAUGGUGAAGGCUAGUGGGGAGAUAGUGCAUCCAGCCAUUAUUCCCACUUCCAAAGAUUGCCAUGAUGUUGUAUAUUCUGUUGUUUUGACACAGAAUUGCAGAUCUUGGAAGUAGUUUCUCACCAGGUUUGUGAUGGUACUUGGGAUGUGGAAGAAGUUGAAAGCUGUCCAGAUCAGAGAAUGAGGGACGGAUCCAAAGGCGUUGGCUAGGUCCAGAAAUAGGACGUGCAGGUCCCUUCCUUCCCUUUUGGCAGAUUGGAUUUGGUGCCAUAUCAUGCUUGUAUGUUCCAAGCAUCCUGAAAACCCAGGUAUUCCAGCUUUCUGCACAGAUGUAUCAAUCAGGUUGUUUUGCUUCAGGUAUGUUGUCAUCCUUUUUGCAACGAUGCUAAAAAAGACCUUCCCUUCCACGUUCAACAGGUUGAUUUGCCGGAAUUGAUCGAUGUUGGAGGCAUCCUUCUCCUUGGGGAUUACCACUCCUCCAGCUCUACGCCAUGCUUUUGGAAUGGUUUGCUUCGUCCACAUCACCUUCAUUUGCCUCCACAGGAAGCGUAAGAUGUUUGGGGAGUUUUUAUACAGCCGAUAUGGAACUCCAUUUGGUCCUGGAGCUGAAGCUGCCCUUGCCUUCCUCACUGCUUCCUCGACCUCGCUCCACUUUGGAGGACUGUCAUCCAGCUGGUGUUCUGGUAGAGGAAUUGGUGGCAUGCCUGAUGGUAUCUCCCUUUGUUCAAAUCUUUGGCUGUCUGUGUGAGUGGUUUUCAGGUGAUCUUCCAACUCCCUCUUUGGCACCUUAAGUGACCCGCUUUUUUCCUUAGUGAAGAGUCCUUUUACAAAUCUGAAGGGGUCCUUGUAGAAGGAUGUUCUCGCCCUUUCCUUCCUCUUGCGUCGAGUCCUGAGGUUUUCAGCUCUCCGCAAUCUUCCCAGGCGUCCCUUUAGGUCUGUUUGCAGGAGGUCAAUGCCCACUCUUUCCUCCAUUGAGGCUCUCUUCCAUUGUUUCCUCAAUUCCCUUCUCUCUUUAACCAGGCACUCGAUUUUUUUCUGCCUUCUGGACUUGGGAGGGGUUGUUGGUGGCAUAUUCUUCUUCCCUGUCUCUUUUGCUCCAAAUCUUUCUGCUCCAUAUGAGUAGAUCAGGUCUCCCAUUUUCUCCAGUUUCUUCUCCACUGUUCCUUUGACUCCGUCCAAGAUCUUGAUCAGGUCUGCAUCAAUUGUAGCCCACUCUUUCUUGCUGCUGGACUUUGGCCACUUCACAUGAGGUCUGUGGCCUUGCAUGUUCUUCUCCAAAGCAGGUUGCAAGUGGCUGGGUUCCAAGUUCUCUGAUGUUGUGCUUGAAUUAUUCUCAGCCUCUGGGGUACUGAUGCUCAGUGGACUGUGGGUUACAUCCUGCCGCUGAGCUUCACUCGCCUGACUUGACCUUUCUCUCAGAAGAUAUUGGUCAAUGCGAGGUCCUGGCCUCGUUUUCUUCACGCACUUCAUCCGGCCUUGGUGUAUUUUUAGGCCUCUGAUGGAGGUUACUUUGGACCAGCCACAGCUACAUACUUGGCGCUCUUGUCCUUCAGCCGAUGUUGUUGCUUGUUCUGUGCCGAUUAUCUGGUUCGUUGUCGUGUUCAUUCCAGGGUCAGUUACCGGGUUGUCAGCCGAUGAGUCAUCUUCCGCCCCCGCUCUCGCAGACUCUAGGGGUGUUUUCCUCUUUAAACUUUUCAUAGCAAUGGGGGGUGGCCUUUGUCUACUUGCCAAGCGACGGAGCCUGCCAUCACGGAUAGCUAGUCCGUGACAGCCCCGUUGGGGUCUUUCCCUCCUGUCAGCUGUCUUUCCACGCCGUCACAUGGUCUUUCCCUAGUUGUCAGCUGCCCUUUCACAGCAGUCACUGGAUUUCUCCAGCUUAUCAGUUGAGCUCAUAGGACUAGUUAUUACAAUCCCUUAUAUCAGCACUUGGAAUUGAGUGGGGGGGGGUAAAAGCUUCACUGGGGUCUUCAGGUGGGCACCCCCCUUCACUGGUGUUUCAUUGAUAGGCCCACGACACCUCCAGGGGGCUCAACGGCGACACCUGGCGUCCCAGGUGUGCCCCCCUCUGCUUUUACCCCAGGUGGUCAUUUUGCAGCCCAGGUGGAGUCCUUUCUCUUGAUCCAGAGCCAUCUGCUGCUUCGUUCGGCAGCCUCUGAUAUUGAUUUGAUGGCUCGUCGGAAGGCCUGUCCUCGUACUCCCAAUCUCUUCAGAAGCUUGGUUGUGGAUGUUGCAACGAAGCCUCUGCACCCGACCUCCACCGGAAGCACCUGGGCCCUCCAGCCGCGCUUCUCUGCCUCGGCUGCUAUGUCUGCAUACUUCAGUCGUUUGCGCUCAUAUGCUUCACCAACUGCUGCCUCCCACGGUACAGUUAAUUCAAUGAUGAACGCAACCUUCUGGGUGGUUGACCACAAGACCAGGUCCGGCCUGAGGCUAGUUGGAAGGAUCUCAGGCGGAAAGAUGAGUUUUUGGUCUAGGUCAACCUGCAUCCUCCAGUCCCGGGCAGAGUCUAGAAGGGUUGCCUCCACUCUUGCAGAUGGUUUUGCCGGUGGUUGUCCUGCUCUUACAAAUGGGGUGGUGUUUGGGCGUCUAGGCAUUGGUGGAGGGAGGGCAUUGAUGGUUGUUCUCCUUCCUUCCAGAGUGAUCGGCAGUUGUCUUAGGACCUGGUUGUGUCUCCAGGUGUAGCGGCCUUGGGACAGACUGGUUUUACAGACGGUGAGGAUGUGACUCAGUGUUGCAGGUGUUUGACAGAGUGCACAAGAAGGAUCUUCUCCAAACCAUUGUUUUAGGUUUUUGGGUGUGGGAAGAACAUCAUAGGUGGCUCUGAUGAUGAAGCUGAUUUGGCUUCCUUCCAUUUCCCAAAGAUCCUUCCAUGCGAGCUUACGAUGCUCCAGGUUUUCCCAGCUGGUCCACUGUCCCUGUUUGGACUGUGCUACUGCUGUCGCGCAUCUGUUUGCCUCCUCUUGUUGCCGAACCUGAGCAACCACCAGCUUUCUCCUCUAGGAGUAACAAAAUAUAUAAGGUUUUUAAUGGUUUUUAUUAUUUUGAGGUGCAUUAAAAACAAUAAUAAAAAGUACAAAGUGUCAACAGACAGUGCAAAUGCGUAUUAAUAGUUGUCUCUCUGCCUCUGGCUGCAGCAGCAGCUGUGUGCCUUUGUGUGUGUGUGACUGUCCUGCUCGCUCGGGCUCGGCUGUCGGCUCGUCGGCGGCCAGUCAACACAGUCUUUCAGUCAACUCGUUCACCGUCUGGAUCUUUCGUUCACUUGGUCUUUCAGUUAUCUCAUUCAUCGUCUGGAUCUUUCGUUCACUCGGUCUUUCAGUCAACUCGUUCAUCGUCUGGAUCUUUCGUUCACUCGGUAUUUCAGUCAACUUGUUCAUCCGUCUGGGUCUUUCGUUCACUCGGUCUUUCAGUCAACUCGUUCAUCGUCUGGAUCUUUUGUUCACUCUGUCUUUCAGUCAACUCGUUCAUUCAUCUGGGUCUUUCGUUCAACUCGGUCUUUCGUUCAACUUGGUCUUUCGUUCAUUUGACCCGUUCUUUCAGUCAACUCGGUCAUCCCGGUCUUUCAGUCAGCUCAGUAGUACUGCUGCUGCUUCUCUAAGCCCCACCCACACACAGAACGAGGCGUGACGAUAGGAUAAGACAGGCAAGCAGUCCCUCUUCAGCCAAUCAAAAGAACUGAACGGACUGAACGGGUCAUUUGGGGGGGAGAACUAGUUCAUUUCGUUCACCAAAAAGAACUAGUUCUUUUGAUCCGUUCAUUCAAGACCGACACACCACUAGUGUCAAAUCAUCUGACAUUUAUCAAUCCCUCCAGAAUAUGAAAAUAAAGAUCAAAAUACAAAUGCAGACAAAUGUAGAACAAAUAUAAAAAUAAUAAAAAUCUCAAAUCUCAGUGUAGCAAUCCUUUAGACGAAACAAAUUGUACAUGGUGACAUGGUGCGUAUAUUACGCAUCACUUUUAUCAGAGUCAUCAUCCCAUACAGCUCUUUCUUCUGUUUCCUUUGAAGCAUUCUCACAUGCUUGGCACCGACAUAAAUCUGUACAAGAUAGUCUUGCAGACAUACAAGAUCAUCGUCCAGUCUCACAUUUGGUUGUCUUGGAACUACAGUGGAAUAUCUGCAAAACACUAUCAGGGGCAGGAUUUGUAGUCAUCAUGUCACUGCCAACUCCCCAUCCUCAAUCUUUAUUUUUUCAUUCUUUAUUUAUAUUAGGUUUUAAUCUUUAUAUACUCUACUUUUCUACAAACAGAUUUUGCUGAUUGACUGUUUCAGCAGCCGAAAUUUUAUUUUGCCAGCUUUAUAAUUUCUUUUUAUCACCAUUAACGGGAAACAAAACAGGGCCUUACUCUUCAGACUUCCAGUUAGCCAUGCUUUGCAUGCAUACCAUGCUCUUGAAAAUGUCUGCGUAUAUUGUCUGCUCUUCUCGGUGGUCACUUGCUGGUCAAUCCGGACCGAGCUCUUCCAGCUUUAGUUAGUCCUGCAGGGUUCUCCUCUCAAACAGGACCUACUUGAUGGACAGUGCAGCGUUCUCCGGUAAAUCACUUGGUAGGGGGUUAGCAGUCACCAUUCCCACGUCCUCUGUCCUUAGCAGCCAAGUGCAGAGUGAGGGGCGGACUGGCUCUGAGUAGAGCAGCUAGCUACGUCAGAUGCACAUUGUAGCAUUGCAUCCAUUUGUGACCAAUCUGGUUAUGAACGUGCUUACGUCAUUCAAAUUAGGGACGCUUGAGCGCUCGUCCCUGGCGCCCCUUAAGGAUUUUUUUUUAUUUGACUGGGAUAAACUAACCUUUUAAUGCAGAACUGUGAUCUGAGCAUGUGUGAGAGCGCAGAAAGCUUGGGCGCUGGCUCAUAGAGCCCCUAACGCUUAAGCACAACUGUGAUCUGAGACAACAGACGUUUUGAGUCCGCCCCGAGCGGUGGAGAGAUCGCUACUGAAAUAAGCAUUUAAUGGAAUGAUUAAUAAAUAGCACCAUUCCCUUAUUUUGAGAAUAAUUUUCAGGGAGACAGCAGACAGCUCUUUUUGCUCAUGAAGCUCAGGCGGGGCUCUGCCCGCAGCGCCCUCGUUUACCGGCCACCACUGGUAAAUGUGUUGUUAAUAUAAUUUUUUUUAAAAAUUUUAAGUUUUGUUUAAAUUUUGUCUAUAUUUUUUAUAUUUUGUUUAUAUUUUGUUGUAUUUGUUAAUAUUUAGUUUAUAUUUAGAUAAUAUUUUGUUACAUUUUGUUUAUAUUUUGUCUAUAUUUGUUUGUAUUUGUUAAUAUUUUGUUAAUAUUUAGUUAUUUUAGUGAUAUUUUGUUAUAUUUGUUUGUAUUUGGUUUAUAUUUUGUCUAUAUUUGUUUAUAUUGUUAAUAUUUUGUUUAUAUUUUCUUUGAUAUUUUGUUAUAAUUGUUUAUAGUUUGUAAAUAUUUUGUCAUAAUUUUGUUUGUAUUUUGUUAAUAUUUUAUAUCUAUUUUGUUAUAUUUGGUUAUACAUAUAUUUAUAUAUUUUUUGUUUAUGUAAUAUUACCAGCUGUGAAUUUUUUCCGUGAUUAUUCAUGUUUUUGUUUAUUUCAGGGAUGCAAAGGUAGAGUCGAGGAUUGGGUGCAUCAAAACUUGCUCACUAUCACGGUCAUGGGCUUCAGCCUUAUAUUUAUCCAGGUAACAAAUUCUGAUAUAAACAUGCAAUAAUCUGAGCAGCCUCCAGGGGGCGCCAACAGGCACCAACACUGACUGGAGGAGAGUGUGUUCUAAGUGUGUCUUAAAAGCAUCGACAAAUUGUGACGAACAAAUAUGCUGGUUUUUAAAAAUCGAGGCUCACCUGGUCUGUUUUCAUCGGACUCUUGCAGGUGAUCCAGUUAGCCCUGGCAGCGAGUCUGUACAACACGAUUGGUCGAAAAAACAACUGGAAAAACAGUCCUCCAGUGGAUGCUGACCACGCCCCUUUAAACCACACCCUCGAAGACCACCUGACAAAUGGAGAGCACAAUUACGGUUACACCGACUAUAAUGAUGGUUACACAGACCCCGCCCACCCAGGUCAUCUCCAUGACUACCCAGAGCCUGUUUACGAUCUUCACUUUAUUACCAACAAUCAACAAUGA